AUGGACUCACUGGUUUUAUAUAUUGCAGUUGGAGCAAUUUUAAAGAUGCCUAAUCUAUCUUCAGGAAUCACUUAUAAUGUGGAAGUGAAUGAGAUUUCAAGUUUCUCUUGCUAUACUGAACCAUUAGAUGAUGCAAGCCCAAAGCCCAAGGUCAUUAAAUUGUACCUUGGUUCACAAAAUUUGAAAAUCAGCUGUCAUUUAUAUAAUGUAAAUGAGGAGGAUACUUUGGAGAACAGAAAAAAGCUUCUUCUGCUAUAUACCUCAUCAGGGCUUGCUCCCACCAUUGAGAUCUUCAACAGUACCUAUUCUGGGAUCUUCUACUUCAGAAUGAAGCUGGAAGAAAGUCAGUCUACCUGGACUAUUGAUAUCCCCAGAAGAAAUAUUACAUAUAAUACAGAUAUUGCUCCAAUAGAGGAAUGGUUUGUAAGAUUCACCAUGCAUCAUAGAUUAAACAUGUUUACUACUGAAGGAACACUACUAGAUGUUUUUAGAGAGCCUCUUCUUCAGUGGCACCUUGGCAAACCAAUAAACUCUACUGAAAUUGAUGCUCUAAUACCCGAUGUAAUAAAUAUCACAGUGUCAAAAUGCCCCUGCGCUAAUGAUGUGGCAGUAAUUGCUCUUAUAUGCAACGAUACAGUAUAUGGAAUUUAUUUAGGAGUUACCCGGUCUGGAUUUAUAUCUCGAGAAACACAGUGGUUCAAUGUGACAAACAGCCUGUGUAGUCUCCUAGAUGAUGACUGUGCUGGCCUUUCACUUGUGAAUAUAAUCUUAACGAAUAAUCGUUUAAUAAUCCUCACUACAUUGGGCCUUUUCAUCAGUCAAGAUCUACGCUAUCCAACUGGAAGGAUUUUAAAUUUCACCAAACCAAGCUUCUGUGGCUUUGAAAGGGAUGAUUAUUUCAGCGCAAAUGUAUGGUAUAAUGUGCAAUGUCUAGCUAAUGCAGAGAGCUAUGAAGUGGAUUACAUUAGUCUCUCAUUCAACAAAGAUAAGACAUUAAGCCAGGUAUCUACCUGUUUCUAUAGUAAUGAUCCAUAUACAGAAUGGUACAGUUGUUUGCCCCAUAGAUUUCAUGGUGGAAAGACACUUUCUAGACGAGUAGUGGCAUUUCUUAUUGACUAUCAGCAGAACACUGGAAUAGGUCUUAUAACUGUUCAGAAUAAAGCACUGGUCUCGGUGUACAAGAUAACAGACCACAAAUUGAACAGGCAAACAAAAUUUCCAGUAUUCUGGUUUCCAGACCCCAAGUUUUUGCCUUUUGGAAUGUUUUUUCACCCAGGAAGUCACUUUCUCUAUGUUUAUGGAAGCCAGGUCUGGUUUUCUGAUGAUGGAGGCAACACUUUUAUGUUGUUAAUCACUCUGGAGAAUGAAAUAAUUAUAAAAACAAAUACGUGUGUUUAUAGUCACUCAGUUGCAUUUGUGACGGACAAGGGAAACAUCUUCUUUACUAAGGCAGGUUUAGAAAGAUAUGCCAAGCUUACGACAUCAGCACACAAUGUUUUCAAUUUGUACUAUGACCACUUGGGGUCUUUAAAUAUAAUUUCACUGAAUGAAUCAGUCUCUGAUAGUCUGGAAAUACACCUGCUUGAUGUUAUCACUCUAAUACAGGAGGACGACAUAGGUUUUGAUGGCCCAUUGUCGCCACAAUACAUCACUGAACAGCAAAUGGUAUUUUUGGAACAUAUCCCAUUGAAUGCAAAAUCAAGAAGUGUUCAAAAGUCAAGUUUUUAUGGUCUGCACAAAGGCAAGGUGUUACAAUAUUGGCCAAGUGGAUCAGCUACAAUAGUCAAUGUUUUCCAUCAUGAAUAUCCUCCACAAUAUUUAUCCUCUGUCAUCGUAGACGUUCUGGAAAAGUUUCCCUUUGGAUCUGAAGAGAAAAACUCCUUUAUACAUAAUUCUUUAAGUAUUUUGAAGGUGUCAGACACCACCAGAGUUAAGCUUCAGCUUGUUUCUGAAGAUAAUAGUUCAGAGAACAUUGUUUCUUCAAGUCUUAAUGUAUUUAAAUCUUCUGAUAUUGAGAAGACUGUGGUGAUUCCUGGCUUUAGCAGCUUCCUGAUUGUUGAAGUUCUGGAUAGUCUGAAUGCUUUGGCAGAUGCCACCAUGCCUGAGAGAGUGCCUUUCAACAAAACCUUUACCUCAGACAUGUGGUUUGUGUAUGACUUUGGCACUAAGAAUGGAAGAAAAUGGAAGAUUAUAGUAGACACCUGUAGAUACUGGGUACAAGAACUUAAUAAUCUACCACUAAAUGCCAUUAAAUACCUGGAUCUUACCCAAACCUUCAAUUUUGGUUUCAGAGUAACCCCUGUUAAUACAGCCUAUCCAAUCUUUCACAUGCCACUAAUGAAGCUAGUAGUUGGAAAUCCAUCCAUAUUUAAAGUGAAGACAAAUGAUUACUGGGAUGACACUGAUAGUUACACCAUGGAAUUCUCUGUUACUAACAAUUUUUACAAACAAGGUAAAUCUUCAAUGGCUGUCAUUCUCACAAAAGCAUCACUUGUUUGUGAUGUGUCAACAAUUGUGCUAACAGUGAAGAGUGGCUGUUCAUACAGUAAAUCAAUGCACUACAUUUCUCCAGUUUCAAUCUCUGCCCAGAGUUGGCUGCAUGGGGACCCAAAAGACCCAUAUGGUUUCAAACUCUUAAAACAGUUGCCGGUAAACUACAGGCCUCCAUCUAAACUGGGAAUAGCUGUUCCACUCACUGAUAACUUUUAUAAUGCUGACCCCAGCAAACCUAGAAUGAGAGAUUAUUUUGCUGGAUCAAAAAUCUACACUCCCACAAGUGCAUGCGAAGAUGAUGAUGUGGAAGGAUUCUAUCAGGAACUGGAGGAAACCCUCAUUCAGAGUUCCACAUAUACGAUUCUGAUGGGAGAUUUUAAUGUCAAGGUGGAAGAAGGAGAGAAGCAGUCAUGCCUACUGAGAGCCAGAUUCAUGUUCACUGUGAAGGAGGAGAAAAAGGUGCUGUGUAUGGCGAACAGAAGGCACCAACCAGUAGCUUUUGACGAGGCAAUUCUGAAGGAAAACAUUUCUAGGGAAGAUUGGAGCCUCUUGAAUGACUGCGACGAUGAUUAUGAGAACUUCACAGACUUGAAAGGUGGGAUUAAUAUCAAUGGAGAGCGGCUAAACCAUCUCAGGUUCACAGAUGAUAUAGUGCUGAUAGCCAAAAAUACAGCCCAGCUUGAGAGAAUGCUUAAAGAACUGAACACAAAAAGUAGUAAAGUCGGAUUAAAAAUGAAUCAGUUUUUCAGAUCCAGGAUGGAAGUUCUGGUGAAAAAUGAGGUGAGGGUGAAUGGAGGAAGAGACCCAUCCCAGAGUAGCCAGGUGGUUGAGGCACUCACAUCGGAUGUGGUUCAAGUCCCUGCUCUGCCUGCUUUGGAACAGGGACUUGAACAUGUGAUUCCCACAUCCCAUAAUUCUGGAGCCUACAAGCAGUGUGCUAACAAGUCAACUCGAGCAGAAUGUAACUGCAAUGAUAAUGAGAAACUUUCCUUUUUUGUUGCUUUCUCAGAUUGCAAGGAGAAGGCUUUGAGGAUGAAAUAUCCAGUUAUAAGACUUCCAGUCCAUUUCAGAGUUGACAGUGAGAAUGAAUAUACACCACUGGUAUCUCCCUUUUUUGUCACCGUCACAGAGGUUAACCAUAGGACUAACUGGGAAGUUGCAGGUACCAAUGAAACACCAAGCAUGUUAAAAAUGAGAGCAUAUUUAGCUGAUAAACUCAACAUUACACUGUAUAAUCCAGAAGGCCUAGCCCUAAACAUAUAUGGGUCUGAGCUUUUUCAUUUCAGGGUAGCAACUAUUCCUGGAGUCUCCUUUUGUAAUCUACUUGAUGAAUUUCAGAUUUAUGUUGAUGAAGCUCCUUUGGCUUUCCCAGGACAAUAUCUUGUUAGCACAGUAACAGCUGUAUUAGUAGGAGGCAUCAUCUUUGUCAUAUUUAUGAUGCAAAUAUAUGAAAUAAACAUAUGGAACAAAGUGAAAAGUAAAGUGAGGAAAAAGAACAAAGUAUCGGUGUCUGAAACUUCAGCAACAGUUACUUCUACUUCUUCCUAG